AUGGCUACGAACCAAAUUUCUUCUGUUAUUAAUUGUACAAGGCGAACUGCUCGUAAUAUUUUACGAUUAUUUCAUGAAACAAAUAAUGUUAUCGAACGAGAAGGACGUGGUCGCACUUUAUUGAGUAAUGAUGAUGUUCAUAUGUUACGUCAACUGUUUUACAGAUAUCCAACCGAAACUGUUGCUAAUAUUAAUGAUCGAUUUUUUCAAAAGACAAUUAGAAACUAUCGACAACGUUUACGUUUUCGUCCGAUUCAUGCCAGAUAG